AUGGAUCUUGAAACAGAUGGAAAUUCUCGAACAUUUGCCGUUAUUCAAUUUGAUGACAAAGAGGAAUCUAUAGAGAUAAUACGUACAGAUUGGGGAUUUUUUAACGACGAGAAUGUUUUAACGGGAGCAUAUUUUCCCGUUGCAAAAAGUGUGCAAGAGCUUGAUCAAAUUUUAAAAGAAAACUCAUUACCGAGUCCAUCGUGGACCAAUGAUGGAAAACCCUGGCCAGUAAAAAGGUUUUUUCGUUUUGCCAGCACUUUUGAAGAGGCACUCAAAAAGCAGCAGUAUGCUUCGAAUUUAUCUGUGGUUGUAACAGAUGACGAGAAGAAUGAAGAUGCGAUGAAACAAAGUAGACACUUAAGAUGCAGGGCAGUACUUUCUACUGAUUCCAAAACGGAGUUGGAAAGUAUUAAACGAAAACCUAAGUUUAUUCCAAUGAAAGUGGAAACACUAGCAAGAGAAACCAUUCGAAUUCGAGCAGAAAAACGUUUUCAAUGUAUUUCUCCAAAACGGGAACAGGCAAGGAAAAAUACUGAUAAUGAGUUAGAACAAGAAACAUACAAGAAAUUAUCGAGUACAAACGAAAAGCCUUCUUCAUCUGUGCAAGAAAUGAAUGAUUUGAAAGAACAUGAAGAAAUGAAUUUUGAGAAUAGGCAAAUUUUUUAUGAAGAUACAUUUCAAGAAACAAAAAAUGUGGAAGAAGUAAAUAAAUUUGUGGAAGAAUACAAUGCUGAUGGGAUAAUUGAGAAAAAUACAGAAGUGAAUGUAGAUGUUCUUCAAAAAAUUGACAUAGUUAUUGCUAAUUUAGCUGAAUAUAUUGACGAUGAAGACAAUAAAGAAAACUAUGAAGAGAUUCGUGUUCACGACAAUUUCUUUGAUUGUCUUGAUCAAGACGAUUUUGCUAUUGAUGCAGAAGAAGAAAGCACCUUAGAAAAAGAAUUCAUUUCUGCAGAGAAAAAAUAUGUUUUACUUGAAGAUUUGAUGGAAGACAGUGACUUCAAUAAGCCAAUAGAAGUUACAAUAAAUAGGACAGUUGGCGAAGUUAUUAUUAUGAUAAUUAAAUACGCUCUUAUUCAUGCAUUGUCAUUUACAGCCACUUUUCACCUGUUCCGACUCGUUAAUUGUUUUUUCGAAUAUCCGAUUUUGCCAAAUACUAAAUAUAUAUUAAAUAAGUUAUUUUAUCCGAAGAAAUGGAUGACAUUUCAUGCAAUUUGCCCUGAAUGUACUAAAUAUGUAGGUACUUUCGAAUCUGAGAAAACUAAGUUUAUAAACUGUCGAGACUGUAAUAUUCAAAUCAAUGUCAAGGAUUAUGAAUACAAGGAUUUCUUUCUGACAAUGGAUCCUUCGUUUCAUAUAAAAAAUUUAAUUGAAGCAAAUUCUGACUAUUACAAUUACGUAGUUAAAACAAGACUUCGCAAAGAAAGCUAUAUAAAUGAUGUUUAUGAUGGUAAACUUUACCGUAAAUUUGUAAAAUCUUUAAGUGCAGAUCAUAAACAUACAUAUGCUACGGUCACCUUUAACACGGACGGUGCACCUUUAUUUAAGAGUUCAAAUUGCGCAAUUUGGCCGAUAUAUUUGAUGGUAAAUGAAUUGCCUUUUAAUAUUAGAAGUAAAGAAUUAAUCUUAGCAGGGCUUUGGUUCGGCAAAGGGAAACCUGAUAUGAAUAUUUUCCUUAAUCCAUUUGUACAAAAUAUGAAUGAACUUUCGACAAAAGGAGUUGAAUGUGUUCUUGAUGGUAUUAAGAAUUUUAUUAAAAUUUUCCCAUUGAUUUGUUGCGUUGAUGCAGUCGCACGUGCUCCUGUACAAGGGUUUGUUCAAUUUAAUGCUAAAUAUGGUUGCGGACAGUGUCUCCAUCCUGGAGAAUAUAUUAGAAAAUCAAAGAAAGAAUCACGCUCAGGUUGCAUAAAAUAUCCCUUAUUAAGCACUGUAUCACAAAAGAGAAAUCAAUCUGACACUAUAAAACAUGCUGAAGAAGCAACAAGUAAACCAUUUUUGGGUGUAAAAACGCGAUCGCCUUUAUUUAAUUUAAAAAAAUUUGAUUUAAUUCGCGGCUGUGUACCAGAUAGUAUGCAUCUUGUUUCUGGAGUAGCAAAACAAUUUGCAAAAAUGCUGUUUGGAAACAAAGAAAAAGUGGGAUUAAUUUCUCGUAAAAAAAUAACAGAAAUUGAUACAAUUUUAAAAAAUAUAAAGUCACCUCAUCAAGUUGGAAGAUUAUCUCGUCCAUUCUCAGAACGAGAAUAUUGGAAAGCCCGGGAAUGGGAAAAUUUUACUUUCUUUUACAGCAUACCCGUUUUCAUUAAAAUAUUACCAUUAGAUUACUUAAAUCACUGGUCAUUUUUUGUUGAAGCUAUUUAUAUUUUAUCGACAGAAGAAAUUAAAGUUUCCGAAAUAGAUUUAGCAGAUGAAUUAUUACAUAAAUUUGUAGCUGGAACCGAAAAACUUUACUCUAAAUGGGCCAUGACUUUCAAUAUUCAUUCUCUUCUUCAUUUAGCGAAUAGCGUAAGUGAUUGGGGACCCUUAUGGGCUCAUAAUGCCUACCCAUUUGAAUCUGAAAAUGGAAGAUUAUUACGUUCAACUCAUUCGACAAAAGGCAUUCACCAUCAAAUAUGUCGGCACGUUAGUCUACAGUCGAGUUUAAAUUUGUUAGAAAAACGAGUAGACUUUUCUUUCUUUCUUAGACAAUUUUGUAUAUUACUUGCUAACAAUAAGGUUGAAAAAACAGUUAAUAUAUCUUCACAAAGAUAUUUUGGUGCAUCUUCUUCGGUAUCUAGAGUAUGGAUUCAGAAUUUGAAUCUUUCUUUUGAACACUCAUGUUCUUACAUAAGAAUGGUUAAAAACAAUUGCUUAUUCAUGUCAGAUGCAAAAAUUAAUAAACGUUCUAAUAACACUUAUGCAUUAAUAACAAAUAAAUCUUACGUAAAAAUUAAAUCUUUUAUUGUAGACAGAUUUAAUAAAUUAGAAUACACAAUUGUUCAGAAACUAUUUACAACCAAUGCUUUAGGUUCGAAAUGUAAUAUGUUAAAAAAAGUAGAAAAUAUGAGUGAAGAAUUUGCGAUAUUGACAAAUACAUUAGAAACUGUAUGCGUUUUUAUAGAAAUUGACAACGAUUCAUAUAUAUGUGCUUUACCGAAUUUAAAAUUAUAUUAAAUCAUUGGCUAUCCAUAAUUAACGACUUAAGCGUCAUAGCGUUCCAAUUAGCGUCAAGAGUGGCCGUGACAGUAGCAUUAAAUAUUCAUAAAGGGCUGUCCUACUUAUAUUCAUUUUGUAAAGUCUGUGGACAUAGUUAUAUGUGACCGUCCACGACAAAACAAGACUUAGCUCCCAAAAAAUCAAUUUUGAGUUUUUGAUGCUAAUCGAUAGAUUUUAAGUUGUUCUUUCACAUGCAAAAGUCAGAAAUUGUUUAUGUCAAUUACUUUUGACACUAUAACGUUCUAAAGAAGGGCAUGUCAAGCGUGUUCCUUGUUUCUGCUUCUACUUCAAUCGCUUGCCCUGUGAAAUUUACUUUUGGGAGCUAAGUCUUGUUUUGUCGUGGACGGUCACAUAUAACCAAAACGUAUUUUUCAUAUUUUUUGAGAUCAAGGAAGACGAAUGUGCAACAAAAAAUUAUUUUUUUAAACAUUCAAAUGGUUUUAUUGAAUUUUAAAGUCGAAUGAAUGAAUCAUGUGCUGUACGGGUUCCUUGAUCUCAAAAAAUAUGAAAUAUACGUUUUGGUUUUUUAAAUAUGUCUACAGACUUUACAAAUUGAAUACAAGUAGGAAAGCCACUUAUGUACUUUUGACGCUUCUAUCACCGCUACUAGCGAUGCCAAUUAGAACGUCAUGACGCUCAAGUAGGGGAGAGUGGGGCAAAACCGGGUAACUUUUUGUAAUUCUUGGUUUACAAAGAAUCUGUAAAAUAAAUUAGAUCAAAUCUCGUUGAAAAUUCUUUCUUGAACAUUAGAGAAUGAGAAAAUAAGGUCGAUGGCAAGAAAAAACAUUUUUUGAUCAAUUUAAACCAGGUUUUUCAAAAAAAUGCAAAGUACCCGAUGGUGGGGCAAAACCGGGUUCUAUCAAGAAAGUAUAUAAAUCAUGGAAUAUUCUUUAACUUUUUUCCAAUUAUUAUUAUAUAUCACUUACAUCAUAGAAAAUAAUUAAUAUUCAAUAAAUUUAAUCAAAAUAUAUUAUAUUAAUAAUGAAUAACAGCAAUUAAAUCUUUUAAAACGAAAUUUUUAAUAUUUUUAUUAAUUUUAUAUUGUUUAUUCAUCGAUAUGGUAAAAAGUUUCUAUACAAUCUAAUUUUUAUUUAGUAGAAUUGUCAUUUAACAGAAAUUUUAAUUAAUUAAUUUGUUAAGACAGAGAUUUUCUAUUUCCCCGAUACUUUAUUUGACAGAAGUUUCAUUUAUUCGAAUUUUCAUUC